AAAAGUAACGGAAUCGCAACGCGAACGCACGAGCCCCGCAGCACCGUUAUGUACGACAGUUUGAAAACUGAAUUUAAAAAUCAAGAUAGUCAGUAUAAGUACGAGUACAUUUGUAUCUCCAAGUGUCUGACGAAUUUCAAAAAAUUAAUCGAUGAUGAAGCUAUUAUAUUUACUGGUUAUAUUGGCUAUAUUUUUCAUAAAGACGUACGACGCAGAACUUAAAACGAGUAUUAUUUGUACUACGGAAUAUAUUGGUUAUCGAUGGAGAAUUUAUCCAAAACAAAAACAGAUACCCAACCCGACCGUCAGAUGCAGACAUUUAAUUAAUGGAACAAAAAUACAUAAAAUUCCUCUCAAAUACUACAAAAAUGAAAAUGGAUAUUACGGCGCUAUUUCAAUUGGAACGCCACCAGUGCAGAUGAAUGUUAAGUUUGAUACAGGAUCGUCUUCGUUGUGGGUCCAUUCAACUCUUUGUGAUAGUCCGGCAUGCCCAAAAAAUCGUACUCGAUAUUAUGAUCACAACUCCUCAGAAACGUACCAAAAAUAUGAAAAAGAGAACGAAUCGUCUACCUUAUGGUAUGGUUCAGGAUCUGUAAGCGGAUUUUGGUCUCGUGAUACGAUUUCAAUAAAUGGCUACAAAGUGAAUAAUCAACGAUUUCUUCAAUCCACGAACAUGUCUGAGCAAAUCGCGAACAGAGCAUACGAUGGGAUCAUGGGAUUAAAUUACAACUCAGAGAGGGAUUCAUUCAAUAUUAUAUCAAAAUAUUGCGAAGAACGAGGAAUGCUCAACAGUAGAUUUUCUUUUUAUUUAACCAAGAACGAGUCGGAUGAAAAUGGUGGCGAGUUAUGGUUAUGCGGUUCAGAUAAAUACCAUCACUGGUUCCACAACCAGGGAGAAAUGAAGUUUGUGAACGAAGUAAAAAGUUCCAAAGGCCUCUCAUGGACAAUACCCGUAGAAAAAGUUUCAAUUACGAGUGAUUACGCCGGCAAAAGAUCCACUGAAAUAAUCGCCACGAAUAAUACAGCUCUAGUUGCUACAGGAUCAUCGUUUAUUCAUGGGCCAGAGGAACAAGUUAAUGCGAUUAAAAGAUCUAUACAGUCAAUCCUCUCAACGAUACAAGACCCGAGAGCAAACUUACACAAACUGCCAAACAUAACAUUCACGAUGGGUGGCGACGAUUUUGUACUCACAGGACAAGAUUAUAUAACAGAAUAUGACGACGUCACAAUCGGUUUAGCUAAAACGAAUACUCCAUCUCCAUCUGAAUGGGUUUUGGGAGCUGUUUUUCUUCGCAAGUACUACACUGAAUUCGACAUGCACAAUCACCAAAUAGGAUUCCUCGAAAUUUAGGGUGUACGGUAUUUUUAGACUUCGUAAUAAUAUAGGUUUAUGUAUUAGGUAUUUUAAUAUUUAGUAUCUGUAAUAUUUUGUACAUUGUUGUGGUAUUCUUGAUUUGUCUCAUCACAAUAAACCAUGCCGUCAUAAUCGUG